CUUGGCGCGUUGCGUAAAAUGUCGACGUAGAUGUGUACAGCCCCGGCCACCCAUCAUGGCCAGUCUUCCUAAGGAAAGACUGCUGCCAUUCGUUCGACCCUUUUCAACAUCUGGUCUCGACUUCUUUGGACCUUUUAACACCGUGAUCGGUCGACGCACUGAAAAGCGUUAUGGUCUUCUCAUUACGUGCUUUUCAACCCGUGCUAUACACCUGGAAUUAGUGUACUCUCUCUCCGCCGACUCCUUUCUGAUGGCGCUGCGGCGGUUUAUUGCUGAUCGUGGCCAUCCUACAACCAUUUAUUCGGACAACGGGACCAAUCUGGUUGCGGGAGAAAAGGAGCUGCGCGAAGGAAUUGUGAACCUCAACUCAAAGCUGGUGACCGAGGAGAUGAUCGAUCGGGGAAUCAAUUGGAAAUUUUCGCCGCCAUCAGGCCCGCAUUUUGGUGGUUCGUGGGAGCGCCUUGUCGGCUCCAGCAAGAAAUCUUUGCGCGCUGUUCUGGAAGAGCGCAGCGUUAAUGACGAGGUGUUGCUGACUGUAUUAAAGGAAGUUGCGUCGCUCCUCAACAAUCGCCCUCUCACGCAUGUUUCAAGUGAUCCGUCCGAACCGGAACCGUUAACGCCAAAUCAUUUUAUUCUCGGCUGCCAUCAUCCCCAUUAUCCGCCGGAUGUCGAAGAAGUGUUUUGUGGCUUGACCAGACGACGCUACAGGCAGUCGCAAUUCAUUGUAAAUCAGUAUUGGCGUAAAUGGAUGCGGGAAUACGUUCCGAACCUAAUCGAUCGGAAGAAAUGGAAUCAAGCAACCCCUUUGCUCCGCGUUGGCAACCGAGUGCUCAUCAUGGAUGAGAACACUCGCCGCGGACAAUGGCUUACUGGAACCGUGUCAAAACUAUUCCCAGGAGAAGAUGGUCGCGUCAGACGUGUCUCUGUCAAAACGGUGACUUCUGAAUUAACCCGCCCUGUUGUAAAACUUUAUCUAUUUUCAGAUGCGUAA